AUGGUAUUAGAGCGCCGAAAUCGAAGCUAUGCAGCCGUUAUCUCUGCAGUUGGAGGUAACGACAUGGAGACUCCUCCACCGAAACAAGCUCGAACGCCGAUGAUCGAACCUCCGCGACGAACUACGAACGCAGAAGAUCCUCUUCUUCUUCCCGCAAAUGAAAGUGCGAGGAAAGUGCUCGUUAGUCCUCCUUUAACAGCUUCCAACUACAAUUCGUGGAGUAGAUCCAUGACAAUGGCACUCAAAGUGAGAAACAAGUGGGGAAUUAUCAGUGGAGCAAUUCCAGUCCCUGCUAGUAGCGAUCUAGAGUACGAGGCAUGGGAGAGAUGCAAUAUUCUGGUUAGUACUUGGAUUAUCAAUUCUCUUAGUCCCUUAAUUGCACAAAGUUUGAUGUAUUUUGAUCUAGCUAAACACAUUUGGGAGGAUUUGAAAAAUAGAUUUUCACAAGUAGAUGCUCAUAGAAUUUCUGACCUUCAAGAUGAGAUCUAUUGUCUUAGACAAGGAGCUUGUAGUGUUACUGAUUACUAUACUCAAUCCAGAAUUUUAUGGGAAGAAAUGAGCUCACUGAGGCCUCUUCCUGUAUGUGAAUGUAAUCUAAAGUGUCAAUGUGUUUUGAAUGCUCCGAAGUGCUCAUGUGAACUAGCUGCUAAGAUCAUAAAAGAACGAGAGGAUGAUCAGGUUAUUCGUUUUUUGAAAGGCUUGAGUGAUGAGUUUUCAAGCAUAAAGUCAGGAGUGCUUCUUUUAGAUCCCAUGCCCCCUGUGCACAAUGUUUUUGCCAUGGCAAUGAAAUUAGAGAGGCAGUUGCAUGGCCUUGAAACAGUACAUAUUAAUGCUAGCCUUACUGAUGCAGUAAGUGAAAACAUUGUGGCUACUGUAAACAACAACAACAAGAGGAAAUUUACCUUCAAUAAUGUGAAUAAAUCUGUGGCUAAGUGCACUUUCUGUGGAAUGACUGGUCAUACGGUUGAGAAGUGUUAUAAGAAACACGGUUAUCCACCAGGUUGGAUACCAGGAUACAAGUCUAAGGGCAAACAGAUACAGACUGGAGUCUCUGCUGCAGUAUCAGGUAAUACUAAUCAGAAGUAUGUUAGUUCUGGACAGGUAGAAGCUGAUCUUAACUUGUCCAACAAGCAAAUCCAGAAGCUCAUUUCUAUGCUACAACUGCAAGUUGGACAAAAUAGCUCAAGUUCACCUACAGCUGCUAGUGUGAGUGUCAUGUCUUCAGGUCUGGUUCCUAACUUCAAAGCAGCAGCAGCAGAACAACUUCCUAAAGGCAAGUACACUUUUAUCACCAGUGUUAAUGCUUUACUAAAACAUUCAGACACUUGGAUAUUAGAUACUGGAGCUACGAAUCAUAUAGUUUGUGAUUUAAAUUACUUUGACACUUACAAUCAUGUCCAAGGAUUGUUGUGA